UACUGAAGCGACCUUCUGAAACGCCAUUUCCUUUAUUUAGGUUUCGAUUUCGAAUCAGAAAGCGAAAGCAAAGCCCUACCUACCUACCGACGCGGUAGAAUUCUCUCAAUUCCUCAAACCCUUGCCUUCUCCGUGACCUCCCAAUUGAGGCGAAGCCCUAAACCAUGGCUUUACCGAGCCAGCAAACUGUCGAUUAUCCCAACUUCAAGCUUGUGAUUGUUGGCGACGGCGGGACAGGAAAAACAACAUUUGUGAAAAGACAUCUUACUGGUGAAUUUGAGAAGAAAUAUGAGCCAACCAUUGGUGUGGAAGUUCACCCUCUGGAUUUCUUCACCAACUGUGGGAAAAUUCGGUUUUAUUGCUGGGACACUGCUGGGCAGGAGAAAUUCGGUGGCCUUAGAGAUGGAUACUAUAUCCAUGGGCAAUGUGCCAUCAUCAUGUUUGACGUGACUGCCCGAUUAACAUAUAAGAAUGUUCCAACAUGGCAUCGGGACCUUUGCAGGGUGUGCGAGAACAUUCCUAUUGUACUUUGUGGAAACAAGGUUGAUGUAAAGAAUAGGCAAGUGAAGGCAAAGCAAGUUACUUUCCAUCGCAAAAAGAAUUUGCAAUACUACGAGAUUUCAGCGAAGAGCAAUUACAACUUUGAGAAGCCUUUUCUUUACCUCGCUAGAAAGCUUGCAGGGGAUCCGAACUUGCAUUUUGUGGAGUCUCCUGCCCUUGCACCUCCGGAAGUGCACAUUGACUUGGCUGCACAACAACAGCACGAGGCUGAGCUUGCUGCUGCUGCAAGUCAACCGCUUCCGGAUGACGAUGAUGACACCUUUGAGUAGAUCCCCUUGAGUUCUCCUGGGUCGUGACUGAUUCCCUCCCUUUGGAGAAUGCAUUGGUGCCAGAAUUUUCUAUCAGGAUUUUGGGUUUUCUUAGUGGGGUUUUUGAAUGAUAUUUUGUGAAUCAUGGAACUUAUAUUUGAUUAUGUAUUUGUUUGUGGGAUGAUGUGGAACUGCCCUUGAGACAAACAUAUAGCAUGUCAAAAUUUUGGGACCUGUUUGGGGGAGAGUGAAAAGGUCCGUAAGCUUUAAUUAACUGGAUGUGGAUGUUGAACAGCCCUUUGCCUUUGGGCGAAGUUGGUGUGACAAUUUUUUUUAGUUCAAAAUGGGCUUAGAACUUAUUUUGCUUUGUAGCAGAAUGCCCUUUGGACGUUCAGGUUUAAUACUUGAGGUGAGGUGACAUUUGAGAUGAUAAGUGUCAUUUUAAGUAUUAAGGCUAAAUAUAUAUAUUAAUUUUCUGUA